ACAAAAACCAUAGUCUAGAAAAACAACUAACAAAAGCUUUCAGCCACUGGUAUUUUCCCAUUCUUUGGGCAUUUCAUUAACUUUAGCAUUUCAAAGCUUCCUAUAUAUAACAACCUGCUUCACUCUUCUUCAUCAACCAACCAAAACACAAGAAUCAAUUUCCUUUGUCAUCUAAAAAGCAAGCAAAAGACUUCAAGAAUCAAUAUUAAUCAAGAUGAGUUCAACAAGUAGAGCAUGGGUAGCAGCAGGCAGUGUUGCAGUUGUUGAAGCAUUGAAAGAUCAAGGAAUAUGCAGAUGGAAUCAUACACUAAAAUCAGUUCAAAAUCAUGUUAAAAACAAUGUCAGAUCAUUUUCUCAAGCAAAGAAGCUUUCAUCCUCUUCCUCUUCUGCUAUGGUUUCUAAUUCUUCUAAGAGACAAAGAGAGAAGACAAAGCAAUCAGAGGAAUCUUUGAGGAAAGUCAUGUACUUGAGUUGUUGGGGUCCCAAUUAAGAGGAACUUUGGAAACAUUGAAGGAUCAAGGAUAUUGCACAUUGAAUGAGUUCCUCAGCUCAUGCCCAAGAAGCUAUAUCCUACUCCUUCUUCAACAAUUCCAAAAAAGCUCAUGAGUGAUGAGAAGAAGAGGAAAGCAGAGGAGUCUAUGGGAACCCUUUUGUUCUUGAGCGCAUAUGGAGUCCAAAUUCUUAGAACAAAAAAUGGAAACAAAAUUAGCAACAUUCAAAAUCACAGAAAAAUAUGGUGUCACUGAUAUAUGUAUUUCUGUAUGAAACUUGAGAGCCGAGUGCUCAAAUGUUAAAAUAGCACUUUCAUUAUGUAAAUUUGCUACCAA